CAGUUAACGGGACCGCCAGCAAGGGACAGCUCGCGCGCGGGUCAUAAUCAGCGUCCUUUUCUUUUUAAAUUUAACCGACCGACCAUUAAAUUCGGUUAAAGGAGAAACUGAGAGUAAACUGACGUCGCUGAAUUAACGGGGAGGAAAACGGCCGGCUCUGUAAUUCCUCGGGUACAUCUGGGUGACGUUUUCCCCGAGGUCAUGACUAAGUUUGACUCUUCAAGUUAAGACUGUCUAAAGGAAAACCUCCACAAUACCGGUAUUUGACUUAUAAAAAAAUCUUUUAACAACUCUGGGGCUGCAUGAGACAUCCAAAGAGGUACACCACAAACGACUGGCAGUGUCUUAAAAAAGAAGGUCCUUCAGCAAAGGGAUGCAAAACAGACAUAUGACAUCUCAGUAAAGAGAACUGAAAAACCAGCAGACUCUUUCGCUCAAUUUUCUCCCAAAAACUCAAUGAACAUGUGUCAUGAAAGGAGGUCAACACGUGAAUGAAGAUGAACCCUUACGUCACUUCACACUUCAGGCGGGAUCUCUUUCCCCAUUUCCAUUUGUUGUAGACUUUUGUCAACCCUGAUGUUACAGGUUGAUUGAAAUGGCUUUCAUAUUUGUACAGGUGUAGCAGUAGCUCUUGUUUAUUAUUUUUCAGUCCUCUUUGUACUCACCACAGCUUAGAUUUACGGUUGAGGGUUUGAUUUUGUCUAAUGUUUCAAAGAGGAUGUGGAUACUCUGUAUACAUGAGGAUUCAGUGGUAGAAUUUUGGAGUAAUGGUUGGGCAAGGUAAAUACUGACUGUACGAGCAUACUUUUCAUUUCGACAUAUUUUGCACAUUUCUUUUUUUGCUUUAUUUAAACCUUUGUCAUUUUUUGCAUGUUGUUGUAUCUGGAUAUGAUAAUACUUUGUUUUGUUUGUGUAAACUCUGAUGUUCAGGUAGCCCGUUGUGAUCUGGUUCAAACAGACAUGAUGAGUAAGGGACUACAGUCCACAAACCCAGGAGAACUCAGAGCCACGUAGUGCUCAGCACUUCUCAGCUCUUCUCCCUCUGAUCUAUCUUCUUUGGCACGCCACCUCCAAGAAAUAUAGAGCACUUUCUCAGGUGACCUGUGUACUUACCUUUUCCCUCCAUAUAAAUCUUCCAAUUUAAGCAAAAAACAAAAUAGUGUUGGAGAUAGAUCGAAGUAAACUCUGUUUUUUUUGCUCUUCUUCCUAUCUUUUGUCAGGCUUAAGAGCUUUCUCAGCUGUAAUGCUAAGCUGUAAUGACGUGUGUCUUCUCUGAGAGACUAGCUGUUGCAGGUGACUGCUAACAGUCGUGUAGUUCAGGUCAGUAUUAUUCCCAAAACAGCCGGUAAAACAAGUCUUCACCAAAUUGACAAUGGCCAUCAAACAGAUGUGCAGACCUUUAGAAAGACAAUGUGAAGUUGUUAAAGCAGUGACAUGAUCAAAUAGGAAAUGACAAACAAAACAUGGGUCUUUCAGUUGGGACCCUCUUGUUGGGCAAAGGCGACAUUUCCUUGACAACUGCAGUUUAACACUUUAUUGUGUGUGUGCUAUAUUUCAGCUUUAUUUAAGAGAUACUGGCUCAGAAUUAUGAAUGAUGAAUAAUGAAAGGUAGUGCUUGAUUCACUGAAAGUUCUGUGCUCUUUGUUUCUUCAUGCCCAUACCAAGGGGUUGUGAAACUGGAGAGAAGUUUGAUCGUAAGAAUUGGCAUGUUUUUAUUUCUUUUUAUUGCAUGUUAGAAAUGUUUUUAUCAUAUCGCCCCAUUUUGAGUUAAUUUGCAGCAUUUGUCCAUCUUUAUCUGCAUCUUGUCACAGUAUUAUAGAAGAUACCCUGUGGCGAGCUGUAUACCUUUUACAUGUUCCCAUCUCCAUUCUCCUGUUGUGUUGCAUUUUCAGUGUAUAGCUUUUAUCAGUUGAUGCCUGCUCGAGCUUUCCCUUUUUAUUGUUUUGAACUGAACUGAACCAAUCCUGCAUGCUUAUGUCAAGUCUGUUUAGGUCAAUCCAGCCUUACCACUCCUUGUCAAAAGGAUUGUUGCAAACUUAUAGAAAUAGACUGCUUGGGCUGCUGCUGACAUCUUUCUUUUCAGCUCAACUCAUUCACUGAGUGUGACUGAAAGACAUUGGUUGUUAAUGAAUGCACCUGUGGACCUGCUUCAAGAAAUCCCAUUUUGUUUGCUGAAGGUGCUAUCACUCAAAAGAUAGACACGACUGGGAAACUUCAUUACAAGUUGGGGAAAGUAAGUGACUGAUCAGUGGCCUUGGAGGGAAUUAUCCUCUGGUUAUCAUUGGUCACUAUGGACUUUCAAUUAUCUCUUCAUUAAGCAGGACUGAAGGACUGACUGUGUUGUUAGCACCACACACUUAAUUGACUGUGUCUAGGUGCUUAAUUGCCACAUCAGCAAUCAAAUCAAGGCACACGAAGGAAUACAGACUCACUGUACACUAUAAGAGAGGAGGCUUUGUAGUGCAUGAUGGGAGCGGCACGUGUGAAACGCCGUUUCAGUGCUGUGGUGGAUGGGCCAGUGGAGGAGGAAGAGGUCAUGAGGCUGGCACAGAGUGCUGCAGACACGGCUAGGGCAGGGGGGAGUCCAACGGGGUCAGGGACCCCAACCAGCCCCUCCCCAACCCAUGCCCUGAACGGCAAACCUCUACCUCUCCAGAGCAACACCAACAAUGCACGGAGGCAGAGCGCCAUUGGAGAGUCAGUUGGGGGAGACGCAGGAGAAGGCGGGGUGAGAGCAGGAGGAAUGUGCUCAGGACUAAGAGGCAGUAGUGUGGGAGGAAGAGGAAAAGGCCGCUCUUCAGACCAGGAUUCACUCUCUUCCCCCUCCACUACCAACCGCCGGCGCACCAGGCGCUCAAGCCGCCGGCCCCGACAACGCUUUGUGGGCAAGGACGGACGCUGCAACGUCACCUUCGUCAACAUGAGCGAGAGGGGCCAGCGCUACCUUAGUGACCUCUUCACCACAUGUGUGGACAUCCGCUGGCGCUGGAUGCUGGUCAUCUUCACCCUCUCCUUCCUUCUCUCCUGGCUGCUCUUUGGAUUUGCCUUCUGGCUCAUUGCCUCCUUGCAUGGGGACCUUUCAAUUCGGCUUCCUCCCAGCUCAGGUUCCUCUCCGGGAUCAGGAGAGGGCGAGUCUGGAGGAGAGUCUGAUAGAGAGGCAGUGGUUGAGGAGCCGUGCUUCCUCCAGGUGAACAGCUUCAUGGCGGCCUUUCUAUUCUCCUUGGAGACGCAGACAUCUAUCGGUUACGGCUUUAGAAGCGUGACUGAAGAGUGUCCCCUGGCGGUGUUGGCGGUCGUUUUGCAGUGCAUUGUGGGCUGCAUUAUUGACGCCUUCAUCAUCGGGGCAGUUAUGGCAAAGAUUGCUAAGCCCAAGAAGCGCAACGAGACGCUGGUGUUCUCCGACACGGCCGUGGUGGCGCUGAGGGACGGGAAACUCUGCAUGAUGUGGAGGGUCGGAAACCUACGCAAGAGCCACCUGGUAGAGGCACAUGUUCGAGCACAACUACUGAAGCCAAGGGUGACAGAAGAGGGAGAAUUCCUCCCCCUGGACAAUAUAGACAUCAACGUGGGUUUUGACACUGGCACCGACCGCAUCUUCUUGGUCUCGCCAGUGACGAUCGUCCACGAAAUCAAUGACGAGUCACCCUUCUUCGAGAUCGAUCAAAAGACCCUGGAGAAUGACUCUGAAUUGGAGGUGGUGGUCAUACUUGAGGGCAUGGUGGAGGCCACAGCCAUGACCACACAGUGCCGGAGCUCGUAUCUGGCUUCUGAGAUCCUCUGGGGACACCGAUUCGAACCAGUGCUCUUUGAGAGGAAAGACUGCUACCAGGUGGACUAUUCAUUCUUCCAUCGGACAUAUGAAAUCCCAAACACGCCCUCAUGCAGUGCUAAAGAGCUGGCUGAGCAGAAGUACAUUCAAAGCUCACGCUCAUCAUUCUGCUAUGAGAACGAAGUCGCUCUGCAGCUCGUCUCCCCUGAUGAUGAGCCUGACCAGGACCCUGAGUGUCCCUCCCCACCAACCCGAAGGCAAUCCCUGGCAGAACAUCUCCACUACAACUGAACCUGUGGGAUAGGGUGCCUUACGGGAAAAGAGACAGGAAGUAGACCCAGAUGUUUAGAGAAAGAACAGGCAAAAACAGAGGGUAAGACAGGUAGGAAUGGGCAGACCGCAGACAGGAUUAAAGGUAGAUAAGGCCAGAGUCAGAUAAAGGAUAGAAAAAUACGUUAUUAACAGUGAUUUGACAGGAAGUCCAGAAUAGGAGCAAGUCAUGAGAUUAAAUGGAACUUCAUAAAGUUUGCAAGAUUUAGAUAGAUAGUACUGUGUUGUAGAUUGCACAGACAAAUGAAAAAAGGACAGAUUAAGAGACAGUGGGAGGUUCUGGGCCUUCCUUUGGGGAGAGGAGUUUCUGCACUGGCUUAGUUGUCUGAUUGGUCCUGGCAAUCUUUCAGGAUCAUUGAAAACUUGUCUGCUAAGUCUCACAUCUGGCCCGUCACUACCACAACACAGCCAUCUGGCUUUAAUGCCUGACUGGCAGAACAUACAACAGCACCCCAUGGUGGCUCUGACAUGCAACUGCACCUCCUGCUUUAUGACCUGCAGACAUUUUUGACCUGCUGUGUUUGAGGUGGCUUCUGUAUGAAAUGAAUGGCACUGUACCCUUUGAGGUACAACUCAGGAAUGUAUUCCACAAUGCUGGUUUAUCGUUUUACUGUUUGAUUUCGCUAUGGUAAGUAUGGAUAGUGUAGAGAAUGUAGUUGAGUUUUAGGCUGGAGCCAAAGCAGAGCAACAGUAACAUGGAGAAACGGCUGAAAACUAGCAGCGAUUUUGAGCAGUUUCUUUUCCAUGUUACGUACUGUAUGUUGUUUGUUUUCUGGCUUUUUUUUUUCUAUGUGUCAUGAAAAAAAAUGUUCAGUGAUGUUCAGCAUUUGCUUCAUUUAAUCAUUUUGUUUUGCGUUAAAUGCCAUGUUGUCAGAGGAAACAUUGCAGUGUUGGUAAUCUUCAAGCUACUGCAGUGAUACACAGAAACAGAUGAUGUUUGUUUGUGUCCAGACUGAGAUACAGUCUUUCUUGCACAGCAAUCUACAGCAUCUUCUCGUGUCCUGUUUUGCUCAAAUCAACCAUACUGUAUUGUUUUGCUUUGUGACAUUUGGACUGUAGUACCUAGCAGCUGAACUAUGACAAGUGUUUUGGCACUUGGAAGACUCUCGAUGGUUCGGACUGAAUCCAUCCAAUCAUUGACUCUGUAAAUACACAGGAGGCCUGAAGUCACCUCCAGCAUCCCUAGAACAUAACUGAACUAAGCAGGAGAGGUGUUGUGACGAUGGUGAUGCAGGCUUGUCGUUUCUGCUUUUCUGAGAUUAAAACAUCUGCACAAGUGGAUGAGGAUCGGACCUGAAAACACACCACAUUCAUAGUCAAUUAUUCAGUAUUUUUGUGCCCAUAAAAUCAUGUGACACCCUACUCUAAUGCUAAUGUGUUACAGUUGGUUUCUCUCACAGAUUGUGAGAACAGUGUAGUGAGUGGUGCCUUCAUAACAAACCAGAGAUUUUGGCCCUUUAUGUUUGAAAUGUGCUUAAAGAUUAUUUUUAUUGUGUCUAUUUGCAAAAUGCUACUUAUGCAAGAGUGUGGGGUUUUUUUUCACUUUGACAUUUUGCAGGAUGUUCUAAGUAGGCAAAAAUGUCUUCGCUGUUAAUCUGCUCUGAAAUGGAGUAGUACCAUUAUGAACAUGCACUGAUGACUUUUUAGGCUUUUAGUUGUAUUAUAUUUUAGGCUAUGUAAUAGUUGCACUUUGUAGUUAUAUUACAAAGCACUUGGAAAGUUCCUUUUUAUUUUAGACCCUGUAAUGAUUUGCAGUAAAUUAGUGAUUACAGAAGGUGUUGGUAAAACUGACGCAGCUUCAGGAGUACAGCUUGAAAUUAAAGUGUUCAACAAUAAUCAGUCUGUCCAACGCACAUCCUGGGAACUUGUUCUUUGUACUUUGCACUAAAGUAGUAUAUGGAAACUUAUAUCACUAAUGAAGCUCUACAACAGCACAGUAGUGUUGCUGGAUCAGCACAUGUUCACCUCAGUACAUCAGUCGCAGUAUUACACUUCAGUCAUUGGAAUUUUUUUUUAUGGUUACCUCAUGGGGGCUGAGGUGUUGACAACAUAUUAUCUGUUACAAUUAUUGUUAAUGCUGUUUUAUGUUUGUGUCCUCCCUUACACUUCUCCUUUGUGGCAACCAUGUUCUAUUUAUAGGCUGCGUGGUGGGUCAUGUCGUUCACCCUGCCUCCACUUGUAACUUGAACUCACUGCACCAUCACUUUAACUACGAUAAC